AUGAGCAGAGGGAAUCAAAGAGAAAAGGAUCGGGAACGCGCGCAGAAGAAGGCCGCUGCCAACAAUAAAGCGCCCAAACAAAGCACUCAGAGGCUUUCGAACAAGCGUGAAGCAGAUGCUCAAGCUUUGGCUGCCAAGGUCGCCGCAAAGCAAGCGAAAUCAGUGGUCGCUUCGAGCUGA